ACUCGUAACGCCCAUCACUACUGUAAAAGGUGAGCAGAUUUCGGACUUCCUCCAAAACCGGUCUAAACACCACCCUGGUAAAGACUAUCGUGUGUUAAAGGAGAAGGAUUACAACCAACCAUAACAUCUGGAAUGGCUUUUCAGUGGGAUGAUUUGAACCAAAUUGUGAACUCCCCGGACUCGCUGUCCAACCCUAGUCGAGGAACCAUUAAGGAUAAAGCGGGUUUCAAUGCAAAUGAAGACGCUGCUGCUCUGAGGAAGGCCAUCGAGGGAUUCGGCACCAAUGAGAAGGUUCUGAUCGAAAUCCUGACUAAGAGAAGCAGCGCUCAGCGUCAGCAGAUCUGUAAAGCGUACAGGGACGCAACUGGAAAGUCUCUUGUGGACGCAAUAAAGGGAGACACUAAGGGACCCUUUGAGCACAUCCUGGUGGCUCUUGUUACCCCACCGGCGCAGUUCGACAUGCAAGAAAUUAAAAAGGCGAUUAAAGGAGCUGGAACCACAGAGAGCACACUGAUUGAGAUCUUGGCCUCCAGAUCUAACCAACAGAUCAAAGCUCUGUCUGACGCAUACCAACAAGCGACGGGGAAAGCGCUGACUUCCGAUCUGAAUUCUGAGGUGCGAGGAGACUUCGGUAAAGCUGUGAUCACUCUAGCUGAGGGCAAAAGAGACGAGAGUAAAAAUGUGGAUGCUGCUAAAGCCACUGCUGAUGCGAAGGCCCUGUAUGAGGCUGGAGAGAAAAAAAUGGGGACUGAUGAGGGCAAGUUCAUCGAGCUCCUCUGUCGCAGGAGCGUUCCUCAGCUCAGACAAACCCUGGUGGAAUAUAAGAACCUGAGCGGGAAAACCCUGCAGCAGAGCAUCGAGGGCGAGAUGUCCGGAGAUUUAGAGAACUUUUUAGUAGCUGUUGUGAAAUGUGUGAAGAGCGUCCCAGCUUACAUGGCAGAACUUCUCCAUAAGAGUAUGAAGGGUGCGGGCACUAACGAGGCCAUGCUGACUCGGAUCAUGGUGAGUCGCUCUGAGGUCGAUCUGAUGGACAUUAAGGCAGAGUAUAAAAAACUGUACGGCCGCUCGUUAUACUCCGACAUCAAGUCGGACACGUCAGGAGAUUAUGAGAAGACGCUGCUGGGGAUCUGUGGAGCGGACGAUAAGAAGCACCGCUCCUACACCUGUGCCACUAGCAUCUACUCAAGUCUGGAGCAGACCGAACUGCUCUCACCUGCACGAAGUAACGUCAGGCCACAGUUGCUGAUGCUAAUCAGCCUGACCCUCCAACAACAACAACAGUGCCAGGCCUACAUGGGUUCAGUGCAGUAUAAAACUGCGUUGAUUUCGGAAGUUGAUUCAUUCCAUACAGGAUCCGGACGUUUCCUUGGUCUAAACACCAUCCUGAAAAAGACUAACGACUGUUCAAAGCUACAACCCACCAUAUCCGCUGGAAUGUCUUCACCGUGGGAUGAUUUGAGCCUCCUUCUGGACUCCCCAGACUCAAUGUCCAACCAAAGUCGAGGAACCGUUAAGGAUAAAACGGGUUUUAAUCCACAUGAAGAUGCUGCUGCUCUGAGGAAGGCCAUCGAGGGAUUCGGCACCAAUGAGAAGGUUCUGAUCGAUAUUCUGACUCAGAGAAGCAGCGCUCAGCGUCAGCAGAUCUGUAAAGUGUACAAGGACAUAACUGGAAAGUGUCUUGUGGACGAUCUGAAGGGAGACACUGAUGGAAACUUUGAGAGGAUCCUGGUGGCUCUCGUCACUCCACCGGCUCAGUUCGACAUGCAGGAAAUUAAAAACGCAAUGCAAGGAGCUGGAACCACAGAGAGCACGCUGAUUGAGAUCUUGGCCUCCAGAUCUAACCAUCAGAUCAAAGCUCUGUCUGACGCAUACCAACAAGCGACGGGGAAAGCGCUGACUUCCGACCUGAAGUCUGAGGUGGGAGGAGACUUCUGUAAAACUCUGAUCACUCUAGCUGAGGGCAAAAGAGACGAGAGCAAAAAUGUGGACGCUGCUAAAGCCAAAGCUGAUGCGAAGGCCCUGUAUGAGGCUGGAGAGAAAAAAUGGGGGACUGAUGAGGGCAAGUUCAUCGAGAUCCUCUGUCGCAGGAGCGUUCCUCAGCUCAGACAAACCCUGGUGGAAUAUAAGAACCUGAGCGGGAAAACCCUGCAGCAGAGCAUCGAGAGCGAGAUGUCCGGAGAUUUAGAGAACGUUUUAGUAGCUGUUGUGAAAUGUGUGAAGAGCGUCCCAGCUUACAUGGCAGAACUUCUCCAUAAGAGUAUGAAGGGUGCGGGCACCAACGAUGCCAUGCUGACUCGGAUCAUGGUGAGUCGCUCUGAGAUCGAUCUGAUGGACAUCAAGGCAGAGUAUAAAAAACUGUACGGCCGCUCGUUAUACUCCGACAUCAAGUCGGACACGUCAGGAGAUUAUGAGAAGACGCUGCUGGGGAUCUGUGGAGCGGACGAUAAGGCCUGAGCUACAAGUCCACCUCAUCACCCUGAACAACACACAGGAGCAGAGAGGAAGAGACAAAAGCAGAACAUCAUCACUUUCAAAAAAAAUCACUUUCACUUUUUCUUUUUACUAAAUCAAACGCUUAAUGUUUAUAAUUACAGAUAUUACAGAAACUAUAUGACGUCUAAGAUGUGGAUGUGACUGAAGCAUUUUAAUUACUUAAAUUUUUUUACAUUGUAAAUCAAUGCUGUGUGUGUGUGUGUGUGUGUGUUUAAGCUUUGAGCGAUAUAUAUGAGAAAAGAUUCUGAAAAAUAAAACUCACUAUAAUUAAUAAUUUGCUCUGAUUGUGUUACCGCAGACGACUUAAACAAAUAAAAAUGUAGAAAAUCACAAUAACAUCAAACUAAUGAACCGCUUCGAAAUCCUUUCGUUCAGAAUCUGAAUGAAUUUACUUCAUCUUUGGUGUUGGACAGAAUAAACAGAUUUAAAAUAAAUAUCUUAUGACAUUCA